AUGACGAACGUCGACGAGGACGGCGAUGACAAGAUGAAGAAGAACUCGUGGACGCCGGAGGAGGACGAGCGCCUGCGGGAGCGCAUCGCGGCGCACGGCCCGGGGAAUUGGUCCGCGGUCGCGGCGUUCCUCGAAGGUCGCAGCAGCAAGAGCUGCAGGCUUCGGUGGUGCAAUCAGCUGAACCCGGACGUGAAGCGCGGGCCGUUCACCGCGGAGGAGGACAAGCUCAUCCUCGCCGCGCACGCGAUGCACGGGAACAAGUGGGCGAUCAUCUCGAGGUCGAUACCGGGCAGGACGGACAACCAAGUGAAAAACCGGUACAACUCGACGUUACGUCGCGUCUCCACGACCGCGCGUCGCGAGCGCGACGCCGUCGCGAAGGCGCCGGCGAAGCGAAAGGCCACGAAUACGGAGGCGGCGGCGUCGCCGGGGGAGGCGGCGUCGCCGAGCGCGAAGAGAUCGAAAAAGCCGCCCCCGGAGCGCGCGCCGCCGACGCCGACGACGGUCUCCCCGAAACGCGCGCGCGCGGUCUCCCCCUCCAGCGGCAGCGAGGUGGACGAGACCGUCACCGGUCUAGAGCGGCUCGUGCAGGCGUCCUUCGCGGUUGAGCGCGAGGAGGGGGAGGAGCGGGAUUCGGGAUUCGGGAUUCGGGAUUCGGGAUCGGACGCGGCGACGGCGUCCGCGGCGGUGGCCGCGUUCGACGCGAACGCGAACGCGACCGUCCACGGCGGGUUCAACAUCGCGGACCAGGCGCGCAUCAUGAUGGCGAACAUCCAGAUGACGGCGCAGCUCGCGCAGCUGGCGGCGAUGUCGCGCGGGGCGGCGCCCGCGCUCUCCGCGCCGGCGGGCGAGGGUCCCGGCUUCGGGGCGACGGCGGCGGCGGCGACGGCGGCGGCGGCGCCCGCGUUUUUCGGCGGCGGCGGCGGCGCGGCGGCGGCGGCGGCGUCGCCGCCCGCGUCGCAAAACGCGUCCACGCACGGGGAGAACCACUUCCUCAGUCACGCGCACGCGCAGAUGAUGGCCGCGACGUUCGCGGCGGCGGCGGCGGCGGAUGGAGGAAGGCGCGUUCUAUACACUGGUUCCCAUACGACCACGUCGGCGUGGUGA